AUGAUGUCAUCGGAAGAGGAGGCCGACUCGUCGUACUCGGAUAAACUGCUUAGGAAACAGAAACGCGCCAGACAGCGCGUGGACGCCGGUGAGCCGCGCAAUUCUUACUCGACUCUUACGACGAACGGACUCGCGCCCGCGCGCGCCGCACACAUGAGUGGUGGACUUUACGGCGCCAUCUUCGAGGGCCGCCAACACUUCGGGCUCUUCGGCCCUGGCUACCCUCCAGCUGAAAUGAUUAACGAACUACUUGGACGAACGCCCAAGCAGGAGGAUGCUGGUGAUGAAACCACUGGCGGUGAUAUCGCGCACCGAGUGCUGCGCGAUAUUCUACAAAGCCGCAAGAAGGACCUCCUGCGCCUCUCCCCGGACAAUAACAAUGUGCUCGCAAACAACAACAACGACGAGCCCAAGAUAAAGAUGUCUCCGGAGCGACCACAGUCUCGUGACUCCCGACCAGACCUGGAUGAUGCGCUACUGGCGCUCGACAGUGCCGGUGACUCGCGAACUUCACCAUCGCCCGCGCAUCCCUCGCAGGGGUCUGAGCCCUUGCUCGCACCCAAGUCUGAACCUGAAGAUCGUGACAGUGAUGCUCAACGUUCCUCGCCGCGACCGUUAGAUGUGAAACGUGCCCGUGUUGAAAACAUAGUGUCGACUAUGCGGUCUAGUCCCGCGCCUCAACCGCCACAAGUGAAUGGUUGCAAGAAACGGAAACUGUAUCAUCCGCAGCAGCACGAUGGAGCACACGAGCGCUACGGUACGAGCCACAGCAGCAGUGCACAGACAGUGUCAGACGACUCGGAGGACGACGGCGACAGACCGCCACCCAUCGAAAGAAAGUUAGUAGAAAAGAAUGCUCUUAAAUCACAACUUAGAACUAUGCAAGAACAACUUGCAGAAAUGCAAGAAAAAUAUAUGCAAUUGUGUAAUCGUAUGGGACAAGAAUCUGAGACGAAUGAUAAUGAUGGUGCUUCUAGUGACGUAGAACAAAACGACGACCCGUUGCCCAAGUCGGAGCCAGCGUCGCCAGCUAAGGAAGUGCCACCUCCAAUACCCAACAGUGUAGCGCCGAAUAUGCUCUCACAAGUAAUGAGCAAGAUGAUGUCGGCGAAGAUGCAUGCGCACGCUGUGGGUCACCCGCACCUGCCGCCUGGCUUCAACGGCGCGCUGCCCAUGAUGCCGCACCUACCUCCCGAGCACAUGCACGCGCCGCACCCACACCAACACCUCAACAACGCAGCCGCCAUGUACCUCAAUGUCAGUCAGAAAUUGUUCCUAGAGCAAGAGGCGCGCAUGAAAGAAGCCGCGGAACAACAACAGCAGCAGCAACAUCAACAACAACAGCAGCAACAACAACAACAAAACAAACAGCAGCAGAGGCCACAGUCCAACCAACAUUCGCCACAACAGCGACAACUUGGACCUACGCCAAAGCCGCCUUUAUCUUCAGAGCUGGCAGAACGACUAGACGCACUCCGUAGCAAUGCGGGCUCAGUGGGACCCGUCUCAGGGGCAGAUCUCGAAGGACUUGCUGAAGUACUAAAAAGUGAAAUCACGGCGUCACUCGCUAGUCUCAUCGACUCAAUAGUGACACGCUUCAUGCACCAGCGGCGAAUCAUGGGCAAGCAGUCAGAGGCGGCAGCAGCGGCAGCCGAGCAGCUCAAUAAAGACAUCAUGAUAGCGACGCAGAUGCUCGACCGCAAAUCACCGCCGUCGAAGCCACCGCCGAGGCCAUCUGGGCAAAUGUCAGGUAACCAACCCGUCCAUCACCCGGGCGCGCCUAACGGUGUCCCCUCGUUUCUGACACAUAACCCAAUGAUGAUGAGCCAGAUGAACGGCCCCCGCGCACCGAGCGGUGCCGCAUUCUCAAUGCACGCCGAGGCGAGCGGGCCGGGGCAUGGUGCUCACAUACGGCCUCCCACAGGCAUGUUCCAGACGCCGCCGAAACCGCUAGGACAGCUCUACAUGAACGGCCACUUCGACCGUGAACCCAACCCAGAACAAAACGAGGCCCUGAGUCUAGUCGUCACGCCCAAGAAAAAGAGGCACAAGGUAACAGAUACAAGGAUUACGCCCAGAACUGUUAGCCGGAUCUUAGGGGAAGGUGUGGGCCAGUCGCCCGAGAGCAAGUUCCCAGAAUCGCCGUCGCCACGGCCGUAUCCAGGAGGCAUGGCAGGUUUACCGACACCUGUAGCCAUCCCUAACCCAGCACUGCACGAGAGCCAGGUGUUCUCGCCCUACUCACCGUUCUUCGGUGCGGGGGGCGGGCUGGCGCGGUCGCCCCCGGCAGCACCGGAGCGAGAGUCUCCGCCGCUGCCGCACGCGCCCGCGCUGCUGCACCCCGCCCUGCUGGCGCACCACGCCUCGCCCGACUACCUACGCCACCACCACGCCAACGUAGCGCACCACGCGGGCCCACCGCACCACCCGCUCAUGGACGCGCAGGACCCUCACUCGGACUGCAACUCCACCGAUCUGCCCUACGAUGGAGUUCAGCCUACUUCCUCAACGCUGACGCCGAUGCACCUGCGCAAAGCCAAGCUGAUGUUCUUCUGGGUGCGGUACCCAAGCUCAGCGGUCCUCAAGAUGUACUUCCCCGACAUCAAGUUUAACAAGAACAACACAGCGCAACUCGUCAAGUGGUUCUCCAAUUUCCGGGAAUUCUACUAUAUCCAGAUGGAAAAGUAUGCGCGACAGGCCAUCAGUGAAGGCCUGAAGACAGCGGAGGACCUGCACGUGGCAGGCGAUUCCGAGCUGUACAGGGUGCUCAACUUGCAUUACAACAGGAACAACCACAUUGAGGUUCCACCAAACUUCAGAUACGUGGUUGAACAGACACUACGAGAGUUCUUCCGCGCCAUCCAAGGCGGCAAGGACGCGGAACAGAGCUGGAAGAAGUCUAUCUAUAAGGUGAUCUCGCGACUGGAUGAUCCAGUGCCCGAGUACUUCAAAUCGCCGAACUUUCUCGAGCAGUUGGAGUGA